AUGGAUCAAAAUAUGGAUAUUGUGAAUCUUAUAUCAUCACUGUUAGAUGAAGGAAAAUAUAAAGAAGUUCUAACUGUACCUAAAGAAGAAAAGUUUUUUAACAAUUUUAGAGAUAAUUGUUGGGACCUCAUAUCCAUUGUAGUCAGCAAAAUUCAAAACGAUACAAUCACAUUAAAGCCUUCCUUAUAUGGUACUUGUGAGCAGCUUCUUUCACUAAUUAUCGAAAGUGGACAUCAUGAGGAAGCAUUGUUGGAAUUUAUUGAACAGAUUGAAGUUGCCAAAAAUGAUGCACAAUUUAGUAUAAUUUUAAAUCCAUUACAACAGCUACUAAUAAAAUUAUAUAAAAAAAGAGGAAGGACAUUAGAAUGUUGCUUGAACUCGAUUAGUACUUACAUAGAAGCUAUUCCAAUACCAGACCUUAAUUUAGAAGGAAAAGAAAGAUUGUUAAUGGAUAGUGAUCCUAAUGUAAGGAGGAUAAUUAAUGUUUACUCACUUUUGCCUCCAUUUUACCAGCCUUUUAUUAAAGAAUUAAAAACUGACUAUAAUGAAAACACUGGUCAUAUAAUAGCAUCUUUUCUCAUAAGCCUGCUUGGGAAACCAUUUGUAUAUAUUGAUUUAGAUCCUGAAUAUAAUUACAAUGGACAGUUUCGACAAUGCUGUUCCACUAUUACAGAAGAUAUUUGCUUUCUUUUAAAAAAUAUUUUUAAACUAUUUCCUUAUUUAGAAGACUGUUAUAAAGAAAGCCAGAAAUAUCAGGGCAAAACAAGAGAAUCUAUUAACAAUGAUUUUGAGGAUCCAUUUAAACAUAAGGAAAAAAUUAAUUUAACAACUUUGUCUGGAUUGUACUAUAUAAUAUUCUCAGAAGAUUUUGUAGUACCAGAUUUUGCAGUACCUCAUAUUUACUCAAAUCAAUAUAUAACACAUAUCAUUCUAAUAAGUGUUGUACACUUACUAACUUUUGUUGAAUACAGCCCUCAAACAAAAGCACUAUCACUUGGUACCAGUAUUCUGAAGAGAUUUCCAGACAAUGCAUCACACUCUCUGCUAACUGUGCCUAUUCAUUUUAAAUUAUGUAAAAUAUUAAUAAAUGUCUCUGUAUAUUCUAAUUACGAUGGUAACCGGAAACAAGCUGUAAAAUUGAUAGAAAUGUAUGUUAAUAAAUUUAACUACAGGGGUAGAAUUUCAAUUUUAAAAUAUAUUAUUGACAAUGCCAACCAUUCUGGUAUGAUUGGAUAUGCUAUAACUUUGUAUAAAAAUUCAUUAGAUCAGGCUCUAAAAAUAUUUGAUUUACCAGAAUGUUUUACGGGUGCACAAUUGCACUCUAUGAUUAAGAAAAUUUGCUAUCUCCCAUAUGGUGAAGAGUCAGAUUUGGUUGAAUUAGCUGAUCAAAUCAUUAGUGCAUUGAAUUUUUUGAGAUAUAUUGCUUUAAAAGAUAUGGAAAACAAAACGGGAAUAAGGGAAUGUUUCACUUUUAUAGAAGCAGACUAUUUACAUAAAUUACGUACUGGUCUUAAUAUGUCUAAAGCACAUUAUGAAGCCAAAUUGAAAGAAAUUAAUGAUUGUAAGAAAGUUCAGAAUAAAAAUGUUGAAGUUCAAAUUAACAUUGCAGGAACAAUGCUUGAUAAAAUUCCUACAAAGAACAAAAAAGAUAUCAUAAAUUCUGCAUUGAAUGCUUUCCAUUUGAUAGAAGCUAUAAGAAAUGGUCAUAGAUGUUUAAAGCAGCAUAUUGUAUUAGCACCAAUUAUUGGGACACCAAAUAAUUUAAGGCACUAUUGUCAGAUUGCUGAAAAAAAAGAUAAGGUCAUUCCAAUAACAAGAACAAAUAAUGAAGAACAUCAAUAUGAAGAUGACAUUAAAAACAAAAUACUAGCUAAAUCAUUAGAAUUUGUUCCAAAAUCUGGAUGGUCUGUCGAGGCUUUGGCAGCUGGAGCAGAAGCCGUGGGAUACCCAGGCAUCACACAUGGCUUAUUUCCAAAUGGAGGAGGAGAUCUUGUACAUUAUUUUAAUGUCAAAUGUAAUGAUGAACUAGUUCAGCAAAUGAAGACAUGGUCCAAAGAUGAUAUAAAGGAGUCUAAAAUACCAGUUCAGAAAGUGGAAAAUGCCAUAAUGAUACGACUAUCAAUGAUAGAUCCUUACAAGAAUACAUGGCCCAAAGCAAUGGCUAUACAAACACUACCAAAUAAUGUUCCAAAUUGCUUAGCAACAUUGCUCUCAUUAGUAGAUGAUAUUUGUUAUCAUACAGGAGAUCGUAGUGUAGAUUUUAACUGGUAUAUACGCAGAGUGGGUUUGGCUGGCAUAUACAAGGCUUCUGAACUUUUCUAUCUUACUGAUAAAAGUGAAGAAAAUAAUUCCACAAGAACUUUUGUUAAAUCUAGAAUAAGAGAUGCAGAAUUAAUUCAAACUGCACUUAACAUGAAUCCUGUUACAGUGGCACCUCAAUCAUUAACAGCUGCUUUUGUAACGGCUAAAAACAUGCUGGGCAUCAACACACUUAAGUGA